GCUACAGUCAGUGUUGGCAACAUUUGGUGAUAUACGCUACUUUUAUAUCGUCCAGUGGUGGUUGUUGUGGUCUGCUUUACGGUGUGAGGAUACUUAUUUCCUAUCAAAAGACUUAAGAAUGUGGCAGGAAGCACGCAAGCAGGAGAAACAUAUCAAGACGCUGAUGGUUGAUUAUAAGAGGAGAGCAGAGCGGAGGAGGGAUUAUUAUGAGCGCAUUAAACAAGACCCAAUUAAAUUCCUUCGCUUGUUUGGUAGAUCUUCAAAGCUCCAUCUGGAUUCUGAAGUGACGAAGGCUGCCGAAAACCCCAAUAACAUGAUGCCUUGGAUUGGAGACCCAUCUAUUAUGAUCGAUCGCUUUGAUGUACGGGCUAGCUUGGAACACUAUGACACUCGAGUAGCUGAUGAUGUCAAACUUUCGUCGACAGAAAGAAUCGAAGCCAGGCUAUGUAACUACGAACGUUAUCGGUGCCUUAUUCACAAUGAAUAUGCAUCAGUCACCGAAGCAAUGGCUUUGAAACAAAUCGAAAUGGAUGAAAAGUAUGGUGAUAUGGAAAAAAGACGUAAAGAAGAGGAAGAGGCUACUGUCAAAAAAGCCCAAGAAUCGAAAGCUGCUAUUGGAUUUGUUUAUGAAGAUAGUACAUGUUUUUCUGAACCUACCAUAAUCAAUACCCAACCUUCUACAUCUCAAGAUAAUAGUGAUACCGAUGAUGAAGCAGAUAGUGAUAUGGAUAUUGAUGUCGAAUUGGAUGCCAGUACUUUAACAGCAGAGGCUCGUCGUCAAUUAGCCAAAUCAGCUGCUACAUUUGGUUUGCAUCCAUCCGAUUUUUUGCGUCUUUUGGAUGCUGACCAACAAUUGGAGGUUGAAUUACGGUUAGCCAAAGCUUUAGAAGAGGAGAAAUUGCAGUUAUCUGGUCGUAAAUCUAGACGUUCUAGACGUUUAUUAAGAGAACGUCGAGCUCAGGAGAAAUUCCCCCGGUUACUGACCACAAAGAUUGGUCUUUUAAAUGGACAACCGAUAUCCAGAAGAACUGUCUACUUAUCUGCUAGUUCGUCGGAUUCUGGUGAUUAUCCAUCGGAUGUGGAGGAUCAAGAUUUUUCAGGUAUAGUUUACGGAAGUCCUACUUCAAAAGCAGCCACUAUUCGGGCUCAGAGGGCUCGUGCUAAACCAAUUCUUUCAAAUGCUCGUGGACCUGCUAUUCUUAUUGGUGGGAUGACAUCGAUAAGUCUAUGUCGUCGGAACAACAAACAAUCAGGUCACAGUAUUAGUUCAAAAUACCGUUCAAAAUCUGGUCGUACUUCAAGCAGCAGCGAAGAAAGCGUCCGAGGCCACCGUUCCAGUUCAUCUGAUCGAUCUUACUCUAAUCGAGGAUCACGUAGUGGAUUUCGUCGCCCUAAACACUCUCGUGUAGAAUACAUUACUACAUUUGGUGAUAAUGAAGACAAUAUUGAUGAUAAACGAAAUAAUAGUGGGAGUUCACGAUUUAGUUCAAAUAAACAAACAUUGCUAUCUAAUCGAAAUGGAGGUGGAUCAUCUGGUUCAUUAGAUUCUAAACCGCCUGGAUCAGCUGCAUCUGCUGUCGCAGCUUCUGUUGUUUCAAAGCUACUCAGUUCAACACCACAAACAUCAGUAGUUAUGAGUAAAAGUAGUUUUGUCAGUGCAUCUGGUUCAAAAUCCACAAGAACUGAAUCUCGCAUACGGUCCUCUCCUAGUUUUAGUGAACGAAGAAGACCCCUGCAAUCGAGAAGUCGCUACCGCCGUUCCACCUCUCGAUCUAGUAGUCGGCGAUCACACAGUUCUCGUGGUAGCAGGAGCCGUAGGAGAUAUCAUAGUCGAACGCGGAAUAGUAAUAGUAGCAGAAGUUAUCGUAGUUCUUACCGAAGGUACAAACGUAGUCCAAAUCGAUACCGCUCAAGGCAUAGGUCCUCUUCAUCAAGAAGAUCUUACUCUAGUUCCAGUACUUCAACCGACAAUCGAAAAUCUAACUAUGAUCGGGUUAGUGCAAAUCCGUCCACUAGAUCCUUCAAUCAAAAUCCACCGUAUGAACAAGACGCCGUUAUUCAACCAAACGUUCAAAAGCAACCUUCACCUCUAGUACGCAAGCGAUAUUAUCGUCCUGAGUUAGAAUCUGCCGAUGAAUUGGAAUUAUCAGACGAGGAACAAAAUGAUACUAAAAAAGAAUCAUCAAAGUCUUCAGAUGGGAAUCCUGGAAAACAAUUAACCUCAAGGAGAUCGGAUUCAAAUUCCUAUGGAAAUUUCGCGGGUAAGAUGACGUCUCAACAAUUGGUCACGAGUGGUCCUAGUCCAAGCCAUGAUUUAAAAACUCCUGGGGUUGUUGGCUCGACAGUCCGUUCUCUUAUGCCACAAGAAUUAUUGAAACGUCGUGUUCAGUCUCAGCUUACUAAAGCCUUCAAUGCUGACAAAAAAGCGGAGUUAGAAAAGCAAAUCCAAUUGGAACGAGAACGCCAGGCUCGAGAAGAAGGACUUCGUCGACAAGCUCGCCUUCUCAGACGUCAAGAAGAAAAACGAUUACGUACUGAACGACGUGCUAUGGCCAUAGAGUUGGGAUCAGUUCCUGGGAAUUCUUCCGACUCAUCAUCUCAUUCCUCUAGCUCGUCGGGUAGUAGUUAUCACAACAGUAGCCGUGCUAGAUCUAGACGAUUUCAAGCUUCACCAGUUCGUCGACAAUCAUCAAUGUAUUCUUCUGGUAGUCGAAAAUAUUCUCCUCCUCCUCUCCAUUCAUCAUACAGCCGACCUCGAAUAGAGUCGGAACGAGGACUUUUAGGCAGUCCAAGUCGUGUUGUAGAUGCUAGACUACCAUCUCCGCCAUCUAAUACAAAUCUAUGUAAUUUCCCCAGAGACUCGCGUGUUCCCAUUAAUCGAAUUCCCCGAUCUAGUAAUUCAUUACUUGGUAGUCCUAUUCAGAAUUCUUAUUCUACUUCAAAAGAUCGUGGAAGUGUUUCAUCAUCAUCAUCAUCUCGAUUUAUUGGGUCCAGGGAACAACAGCGAAGUUACAGUUCCAUGCGGCCUCACACCUCAUCGCGUGGUGAAUUAACGAAAAGAUCUGACCAAUAAUAUCAAUCAUUGCACUUCCCCAUAUAUGUUCAAAACUACUGAAUAUGUUUAAAUUUCAAUAAUUGAUGCCUCACGAAUUGAAUUGGAAACCGUCAAAUCAAUCAGUUAUUCUCAAUAAUAAUAAUAAUAAUUCAGAUAGAUAUUAUGAUCUUUUGUAUACACUUGUUCUUUUGUAAUAAAAAAAGAAAACGAAACAUUUGUAUAAUCUAACCAUGAUUUCGAAAUUGUUAUCAUCAUUACAUUUCUUGCAUCACUGUAUAAAAUAUAGUCCAUAUAUAUAAUCAACACCGUUUAUUAUAUGUUGUUAUAUUAUUACAAGAAGAAUAUAAAAACUAUAUAAGCGUAUAAACAAACCAUUUAUGAUAUGUUAUGUAUAUUCAUUUUUGAAAGAAAUACAGAAACGUUUUCUUGUUCAACU